UUUUGGUCAUCAAAUAGAUAAGUAUGCUUAAUUCUGAAACUAAGUCAAAACUACCUAUAUACCAAGGCACGGCUAGAUGCCUUGCUGUUAAGAAAAUUGAAAAUAAGCACAACCUAACGGGCCCUAUUUUAAGAGAACUACGUACAUACGUACAGCAUUUCCAACCUUUUUAUAAAAAUAGAAAUGCGAGUUAGAUGAAAUGCAUCAAAAAUGGUACAAAUAUGUACAUAUGUAUACACGAUGAAGUGAAAGGCUGAGGGUCAUUGCAUAGUCAGCAACUAACGAGAAUAAUUCAUUCCCAAGAAAGAUAUUCAAAUCAGCUAAUAAUGGAGCCUGUUUCAUCAUCGGACACCUUAAAACUUGAGAAAGGUGAAGAAAAUGAUGAGUACAAAGACAAAAAGAUCUCUAGUAUGGAGCCAACAUACGCCUGCAAAGUCGGAUGCACAGUUGUCACUCACGGGAAAGGACCUCCAAUAAACGAAUUUAAGGGUGAUGUUACCCUCAACUUUUUUUUCAAGGAGCGAUCUCCCUCCCCAUCAAAGAACUCUCCUAGAAAAGGCCGUCAUGUCAACAAGUACACUGUCAGAGUUCAAUUAAAGGACGACAAUGAGAGAAACAACUCGCAUGUCGAAACGAUCCUCGACUCUGAAAAAUCCGGAACACAUCCAAGAAUUGAAAAUAGCGGCGUUGGAAGCAUUCUGUUCCAAGCAGUAACCACAACCGACAGCAUUUAUUAUUUUGUGUAUAAAACCGAUGCUCUGAGAGAAGCAGCUACUUCUAAUUGGCGUAAAGCGUGUGCAUGUAUAAAAGGCACUUUAGAAUAAAUUGAAAACAAAUUGAAUGGGUAAUUUUUCUAGUAUAUUAAUUUUGUAGUACACAUGUAUAUUUUGGAAGUAAUUCAAUGUCGACGUCAUCAUUCCAAUGCUAUUAGUAAUAAGAGUGAUGACAUCGAGGGUUGUAUAGCAAACAAACGUACGAGUAUUAAAAUAUUAUGAAUUUGUAAAAGAAGUGUGCAUUAUAGUUUAAAUGAAAGUGUCCUCAUUUGUGUAAAAUGAUUACAUAAAUAAAUAAAUCUCAACUUGGCUUGAAGUGUAAAAAACUUCUUGUAUUUUCA